UACCAAACUUUAAAAUCAUCCAAAGGCGGUGUGUGUUGAAGUACAACAUCAUCAUCAUGUGGAACCGGAAAGAUGACGUGGAAGCCGGAAGUGUUCCGUUAUAUCCGAUGAUGUUGGAAAGUCCAGAACUACGAUGGUCAUUUAUUAGAAAAGUGUACUCCAUUAUUUGUAUACAGUUGCUUUUGACUAUUGCUGUUGCCUCCGUUGUUGUUACUGUUCAUCCCAUUUCACUCUUCUUUACAACUACAAAUGCUGGAUUGGGACUUUAUAUUGUUCUCAUCAUCACUCCCUUUAUUACGUUAUGCCCAUUGUCUUACUAUCACCAGAAACAUCCGGUUAAUUACUUGCUUCUUGGGGUGUUUACGGUUUCUCUUGCCUUUACUAUUGGAUUGACUUGCGCAUUCACCAGCGGCAAAGUAAUUCUGGAGGCAGUCAUACUGACGACAGCGGUGGUGAUUAGUCUGACAUUAUACACCUUCUGGGCGGCUAAAAGAGGCCAAGAUUUCAAUUUCCUGGGGCCUUUCUUGUUCGGUGCUCUAAUUGUCCUUAUUUUGUUUUCCUUCAUCCAGAUUUUCUUCCCUUUGGGUAAGAUCUCAGUGAUGAUUUAUGGUGGUCUGGCGUCGAUCAUAUUCUGUGGAUACAUUGUCUACGAUACGGACAAUUUAAUCAAGCGCUACACUUACGAUGAGUACAUCUGGGCUGCUAUAUCCUUGUAUCUCGAUGUCAUCAACUUGUUCCUUUCUCUAUUGACCAUCUUCAGGGCUGCUGACAGUUAGAGAGAGGAAGAUCUAUACUAAAUUUGUAUCUGGUCUUGUGAAUGCUUAUCAUUUCUUUUCUUUUCCUAGUUUCCUUUUUCUCUUUUUUUAUGGAUAGUUUGCUUAUUAAUCGUUGUAUAGAAUGUUUUCUUAGUUAGAACUCGAAUUCUUGAAUUGUAUCUAUUUUGGCUAGGAUGACAUCCAUUGAUUGUGUUUUUCCUCU